UUAAAAAAACAAAAUAAGCAUUCUCUUUUGAUUACAUGGUCAGAUUACAACUGAGUGAUGCCAGCCAUGAAGUACAUAAAAUCUUUUUAUUCUCACCUUGGUUAAUGUCUUAGCAAAUUCAGUUAGAAAUAUUACAGCUGAACAAGUGAAUGGAAAUGUCUGGUUCCUGCACUUGCUGAGAAAUGAAGUUGCAAGCCCUGAAAGUUAUUGUCUCCCAGUUAAGCCUUGCUAUAUUUCCGUUCUACUCAAGCAUGGAAAUUUUACUUGAAUGAAUGAAAUGUCACUAAAUACGAAAUAUCAUCUGGCCAACAUGGACUGGUUGCAUCUGUGCUAUAUUGCUGUCUGACAGUAUGGAUCAUGGUCUACACCUCAUACAGUGGAUAAUAGGGUGGCAAUUUAGACAAGGCUCCAUUCAAGUUGUUCUGCUCCACAAUCUAUUUAGUCAAACAGUACUUUGGAAUAAAAAAUGGCCAAAGAAAAACAGUAAGCCCGAUAAUUCUAUUUAAUAAUCGUCAUUGUGUCUUUGCGCUUUACUUUGGUACAGUUGUAUUUACCAAUGGCAGUAACAAUACUUGCACUCCCACAGACUUCGCUUGGAGCAGCUUCAUCAGCAUUCCCCGACAGACUUCCCGUGACGCAUAUGACGUCCUGGGUUACGUACGUCCCUUAUACGUGCGUCAGCAGAUCGACGUCCCCUGCGCUUAGCCGCGCUCUCCUGAAACAGUUACGUUGCCGCUUGUGACCCGGUCUAUGUUUGGUUUCGGAUUUAAUAAGACGCUCUCCGGCGACUCGACGCACAGCUGGAAAACUAUAGGCAUCCACUCACUACAACUUUGUACACAUGGCUACUCCAGAUGUCAACGUUCAUGUGGAGGAAGUAGUUGUCGUAACAACACCUGAUACCCAAUCAGAUGGAAAUUCAGUUGAAGAGGUUAAGACAGUUUUGGUUGACUUCAAAUCAACACAGCCGAGUUUGGCACUGAAUGUUAUGGAAACAUUGUUAAGUGGAGGAUUAAGUGAAGAUAGUAUGGACUCUGUCAACACUCCUGGAACCUAUUCUUCUUCCUCCACACUUAUUCAGAAGGGUGAUAUUAUUGAGGUAAAAAUUGAAGAUGAGGCUGAUAAUAUGGAGCCAGAAAUCAUUUAUCCAAUAACUUGUGGAGAAAGUAAAGCUAACCUUAUCUGGAAGAAGUUUGUUUGUCCUGGUAUCAACAUCAAAUGCGUGCAGUUCGACAAUCAGCUUAUAAGCCCAAAAGAGUUUGUGAAUUUAGCUGGAAAAUCAACAUUAAAAGACUGGAAGAGAGCUAUUCGUUUGAACGGUGUGAUGCUGAGAAAAAUCAUGGAUUCAGGAGAAAUGGAUUUCUUCCAACAUAGUGAAGUGUGUUCCAACACUUGCCGUAGUACAAAAAUUGAUCUUUCCAGUGCCAGAUCAUCUCUGAGCAGUCAGCAAUCAACAGAAUACAUCCCAGUAACUCCUGCUAUAGCUGAUGUUAAUGGCUCACUUGCAACAUCUGGAAUUGAGAGUUGUGAAGACAGUUGUGAAUGGAUUUCUGCUAUUGGAGAUGACACAUUCUCAUUUUGGCGUGGCUUAAAAGAAGCAGGUUUGCUAGAAGAAGUUAUACAGGAGUUUCAGCAAGAAAUGCAAGGUUCUUUGAAAAGCCUUCAACAAAGAAUGCAUCAGCCUCCUCUUCAAGUUGGAGAUGCAAUCAUUCUUAAUAAUAUUGUACAAAGUUUCGGUCUGUUGGACCUUGUUAAAAAAGUUUUGGCAAGUCAUAAAAGUCAAAUGGAUCGUUCCCGAGAACAGUACACGCGAGAUUUAGCAGGUUUUCCUUCAAUCUCCAACACUCUAGAGAAAGUGAUACAAGUUUGUCAAAAGGCUUCAGCUUUGGAACAACAAUGUGAUGAGCAUCGUAAACGAGCCAAAGAAUUAAAACACAAAUCCCAGCACCUAAAUAAUGUCCUCAUGACUUUGACUCCAGUUGCAGCAGCUCCUCCUUCAAAACGGCCUCGUCUUACAAGGGCAACAUCAGGACCAGCAACUGUGGCAGCUCAUAUGGUUACAGCAUCUCAAUCAGGUCAGAUUACAUUGGCUUCUGGAGUGCCAAUGUCUCAGCUGACAAAUAUAGGAAAAAUGACAACAUUAUCCACUAUUCCAGUCUCAGGAGUUGGUAAGAAUCCACCACACACAGCAACAUUUACUGCCACAGCUUCGCCAUUAAUUGGAGGGUACAGUGUUCUAGCGUCAAGUCCUGGAAUACCCAAUGCAGUUGAAAUCCAUCCAGAUGCUUCUAAUUUGGCUGUGCUAAGCACAGCUGCUAUCCAAGAUGGGAACACAGUGUUGAAGGUAGUUAGUCCAAUCCAGCUGUUCACUACAGUUCCUGGUCUCAAUGCUGCACUUCAUAAUGCCAAUCAAAUGGCACCUGUUGGAAGCACAUUUAUGGCUGUACCUUCAGGCACUGUUGAAACCACAUCAGGAGAAGGACAUACCACUAUACAGGUAACAUCAAUAAGUGAAGAACAUGAACAGAAGCCAUAGUUCUUGAAAAUUGCCUCAUGAUAUUAUUGGAAUAUUGUGUUAAAAUGACUUGUUACUGAAUGUAACUUUUGAGAAUAGUACAGAGUGGUUUCUGUUAUACUGUGGGUAAAUCUUCGUCGCCAAGUGUAAUGGUAAAAAUGAAAGCAGCAAAAUCAUGGAUCAGAUUCAAGUUUCUCAACUCUUUUUCAGACUUUGUCUUAACUACAGAAAUAAAGACAUUUAUGGGAUAUGCUUGGUAGAGUUGUUUAUAAUGCAUUUUACAAAGCUUUGGAUUGUAUUUUGUGUGCUUUAAUAUCUAAUAACACUCAAACUAUUGUUAUGUUGUUGCUUUAAAAAAUGACUAUUAUGGAGGUUUUUUUUCUUUUUAAUAGGUGCUCUCACUGUUUUCUAACAACUUUUUUUGUGUUGUGUUGUUUGGAUAAUCACAUGGCUAAUCAGGAGAAUAUGUAAAUACCUGGCUGUUUUAAUUUGUUUACAGCCAAAUGUUGUGCAUUCAUUAUAUUUAAAAUAAGGCUUGUAUGUGACUGCAAAGAUUUAUGAUUUUGUCAUAUAAAAACAGUAAAAUGCAAAAAAUAUAUUAAAACUAUGAGCAAAUUGGUUUAUUUAAAAACAUGUUUACAUAUUGUGUGUGAAAUUAUUAUUUGAUUCCUAUUUUAGUGGCAGUCCCAAUGUAUUGUACCCUUUUUAUUCAUGAUUCAAAUGUGGUUAUUUGGAUGAAUUGCUUUUACAGCACAAAAUUAAUUUACAUUUCCUUUGCAGAAGUGUUUUAAUGUCACAUUAAGAAUUUGAUAUUAUUCACUUUUGUUUUACACAGCAGCUUUCUUAAUAAAAUUAUAGGAUCAAAAUGCAGCUUCAACUAGUGGGACAAGAUGGAAAGGAUAGUGUCAGUAGUUUUCCAAUCCUCACACUUUUUUUUUCAGGAUAUAUGAAAAUUUUCCAAUUUUUCGUGAAACCACUCCUUCAUAACAUAGAUGGAUUUUCAUUGUACCAUAAUUUGAGAGCGAUUGGAAUCUCUGAACAGUACCUUGUCUUACCCUUUAAGGUUCACCACAUUUUCUUUAACAGAAAAGUUUAGAAGUUAUUAUUCUAUUCUGUAAUUAGAAAGAGCAAAUCAUUUAAUAAUGAAUCAGUUAGUUUUUGAGGUAAAACUGUUUAGCCAAAUUCUUUAGUAGAGGAAAAAUGGUUUCUGCUCAAUUUAGCAGAAUGGUAAAUAAAGAUGUCUUUAUGACUAUUUCUUCAUAAAUUCAAAGAUUUUCAAUCCUUCUCUUGCUGUUAAUUUGUUCACCAACUGCAGUUAAAACAGUGGGAUUUGACCGGCUUCUGAUUUUACUAGGAAGUUAUAUGACUAACCUGCUUGCAGAUGAGAAUUUUACACUUCUUUUGUGGGAAUAUGUUCGCUUGCCCUUAUCAUUCUUUCACAUUACAUUAGUUGAGAUUACCAUAUAGGAGAGUAGAAGAUUGCUUACAUAGGUCGAGUUUGAGCUUCAGUGUAUUAAAUGAUAUUAAGUUACAUCAACCAACCCUGAAAUGAAAUUUAAGUUUAUAAUUCAUUGACAAUUCAUUGGAUUUUACAAAAUCUUUAUGAAAUAUCUUGGUCAAAAAGCUUUGUGUGAUUUUUAAGCGUUUAAUUGAUUUGUGGAGAGAACCAACAUUAUUGGUUCCAGAAGAAUUCAAGAUUUUUGGAAUGUCAAGAGAACCAUGAAAAAUGUUAUUUAACUCCAAUGUGUAGUACAUAAACGAGGAAAUUCAGAAUGUUCUUUCAGAAUUAAUCUAUUUGUUUUCCCCCUUUAUGGAAAAAAAGUGAUAAAUGAAAAGUUUAAUACAAAAACUGCAACUUGAAUGGAUUUCAUUUGACCGAAAAAUGUAAAGACAUAUAAAAACACAGAAAAGCGGAUAGUAGGUUGCAUUUAUAUCUAUUAAACUAUCUCAAAAUGGAAUCUAGUAACUCCAUUCAUUUGGAAAAGGUGGCAAAUAUCAACAGUCCUUUUCUGAUUUAGAAAAGUACAAAGGGAGUUCUAUUGGAUAUAUCUGAUCGAAGAGUUUGGGAUGUGAGAAACUGAUUAGAAAGUGAGCUGGAAUUGAUUAUUGUUUAAGAUGUUAAUGUACAAAAUGUGAAUGCUUCAGAAUUAUGUAACUCUUAAAUCAGUAUGUGAUUAAAAGUAAUUCAGUUAAAUUUUCUUUGGGUACGGAAGGGAAACUUUAAAAGUUCUGUAAAUAAAAGCUGUGUAACAUAGAAACAUUUUCGUAAAACCUCCUUUGCCUAAUGUUAAAUAUUUGUGUCUGUUAGUUGAAUUUAAUGCGGUUGCUGUACUGUACUAUUUUGUCUGUGGCAUAAAAGCCAUUUUCCAUUUUGUACAAACUUUUACUGGGUAAAUCAAAGCAUUGAAAUAAUAAAAACUUUAUGCCUUGCUUUGAAAGAAAUUCAGAGUAUUUUGCAAGGAGAAUAAGUGUAUAGUUAGAUAAAUAUAUUUACUAGCUUGUGCAAGAUAUUGCACAGACUAAGCUAAAGAAUAUCAAUUUUAAUGUUGCGUAUUAUUCCCUUACUAUGAUUGAACUAGCAUUUGUAGUUCAUUGCAAUAGAUUUCUUUUUACUGUUGUCUUGAAGACUAAA